GAAUUGACGCGAGUCGGGCCUCGCGCCACGAGCUCACCUAGUCACUCAGUGCGAGCACUCAGUCGCGGACGCGUUCACGAGUGCGCUCGGCUGUGCGAAGCAGAUUCAACCGACCAGCACGAGACAGCUGCGACGGACGUAAUAGAAUGAAGGACAUCCGGUCGCAGUUUCAGAAAAAUGGCUACGUCAUUUUGGAGGACUUCUUCAAGCCCGAAGAGGUCGACGAAAUGCGAUUAUGUGGUGAGGAAUACACAAAGAACUUACCACCGGAAGAUGAACGAAGUCUAUUCAGUACGGUAGAAUUGCAGCAGGUUAGUACUGACCAGGACGGCGAUUCUGAAUUAAACCAUCCGCCGAUACAAAACAAUUUCAUUCAGACCAAAGACCAAUAUUUCCUGGACAGCGCCAACAUAAUCCGCGUGUUCUUCGAACCCAAAUCCUUGGAUGCUAACAAGAAACUGUUGGUGGAUCCUCGAAUAUGUUUAAACAAGGUAGGACACGCACUUCACUGGCUUCACCCCACGUUCAAAAAAUAUUCUUUCGAUGAAAGAAUAAAAGAAGCAGCUUUCCAGCUGGAUCUGCAAGAACCAGCUAUUUGCCAGUCGAUGUACUUGUACAAAAAUCCGGGUAUCGGUGCAGAAAUAAGCAUGCAUCAAGACGCCACGUAUCUAUACACCGAACCUCAGAAUCUGGUAGGUUUUUGGAUCGCUUUGGAAGACGCUACCACGGAAAACGGGUGCCUAUGGUUCGCGCCAGGUUCCCAUAAAAGCGGUGUGCACAGACGUUACAUGAGGAACAAGGACCCAGAUUCCAAGGACUUGUUAAUCUACGAUAGCCCUCCACCUUGUUACCAACUCAGCAACUUCCGCCCAGCGCCAGUCCCCAAAGGAACCCUCGUCCUCAUUCACGGACAAGUCGUACAUUUCUCGUAUCCAAACAAGAGCGAGAAGUCGAGGCACGCGUACACGUUCCACGUGAUCGAAACGAAAAACGUAAACUACCCGAAAGAAAACUGGUUACAACCACCUCCCGGAGGAUUUCCUAAACUUUACAGAAAUUAAAUCGAUUCAAGUCACGCUCGGUGUGUGCUUCAUCAAAAUAAUUAUCGGGGAACACAAUACAGCACCGCUUGUUAUUUUGGCUGUGCAUUUUUAUUUUUCUCAUUAUACAAAAGUUACUUCUUGUAUUGUACAGAAAUGUUAAUAAAAAAUUGUUAAAUAUU